UCAAAUUCCAACACAUGCUAGCUAGUAGCGACAUUAUAAACCGGAUCUCUAUGGAUUAUUCGUAGAAAUAUUAACAGGUGAUUGUUUCAGAGGGCUCUUUGCAAUUUCCGCUUCUCCCUCCGUCCCUCUCUGGUCUGUGUGCUGUUCUUUUCUUGAUUGAGAUAUAUUUAGGAUUUGUUGAUUUUUCGCCUUCACUUUUUCUCUAUCUCGAAUAGAGCAGUUGGGCGUUCAGAUCCCGCUUUAUUGGCUUUGCUACGAUCAGGGCACAGAUAAAUCUCAAGUGAAUUUCACUUUCUUUUCAUAAAACUGCUGGUAACGAUUUCUGUUGACACGGAGCCUGAGCAAGGAUGAAGAAAGCCUUUGAUCAAACUGUUAGGGAUUUAAAGAGAGAGGUUAAUAAAAAAGUGCUCAAAGUUCCUGGAAUCGAGCAGAAGGUUCUUGAUGCGACAAGCAACGAGCCCUGGGGUCCUCAUGGAUCACUUCUGGCAGAUAUUGCUCAGGCUUCCAAGAAUUAUCAUGAAUACCAGAUGAUCAUGGCAGUAUUAUGGAAAAGGAUUAAUGAUACUGGCAAGAACUGGCGACAUGUGUACAAGGCUUUGAUUGUUUUGGAAUACCUAGUUGCCCAUGGAUCAGAGCGUGUAAUUGAUGAAAUUAGAGAACACGCAUAUCAAAUAUCGACAUUGUCCGAUUUCCAAUAUAUUGAUUCCAGUGGAAGAGACCAAGGUAGCAAUGUCAGAAAGAAAUCUCAAAAUCUUGUGGUCCUGGUAAAUGAUAAAGAAAGAAUAAUUGAAGUUAGACAGAAAGCCGCUGUUAAUAGGGACAAGUUUCGAAACACAUCAGUUGGUGGAAUGUAUAGGCCUAGUUCAUAUUCAAGUGGAGGAGGAUAUGGUGAUAGAUAUGAUGAUGAUCGUUAUGAAGGUCGUUAUGGAGGCAGGGAUGAUGAUCGGAAUGGUUACGGAAGGGAAAGAGACUACAGUUAUAGGAAUGAUGACAGAUAUGGCAGACAAGAGGACUCAUACAGUCGUGAUGGAAGAGAUUACGAUGAGCGCUACAACAGAGAUGGAUUCAGGGAUGAUGACUAUAGGGGAAGAAGUCGUAGCGUCGAUGAUUACCAGUAUGGAUCAAAAAGCAGGAGCUCUGAUAGAGAUCGUGCUUUUGAUGAUGAUGGCCAAUCUUCAUUCCAUGGCUGUGGUGCGAAAGCUGACGACCAACCUCAAGAUGGAAGUAUUGUCAGGCGGCUUGAACGCAAAUUCUCUGAACAAAAUAUUGGUGCUCCUCCUAGCUAUGAUGAAGCUAUUGGUGAAUCUCGGAGUCCCGUUUCUAGUGAAAGGGAUGGAGAUACUUCAGCAGCAUCUGCUGCUAGGGCUGCUUCUCCUACUGCAGCAAAUAAUCUUAGCCAAGCGAAUGUUGUCCUUGGGACUUCUGAAUCUCCUACGAGCCAGAAAGUUGAGGCAUUCGAUGAAUUUGAUCCACGUGGCCCUGUUACAGAUUCAUUCCCUCCAAACCCAUUGGCCGUCAUGCCAGCUUCAUCUACAGCCACUGCCUCUGUAACUGACAGGCAUGCUAAUAUGAUUUCAGGAUCCACACUUGAUACCAUGCCACCAGCAUCCACAGUCAUUAAUCAGCCUUUUGAAGACCCAUUUGGUGAAUCUCCUUUCAAAGCCAUCCCUUCUGCAGAUUCUGUUCCUCCAACACAACAAAGUUCUGGUUCCACAGCCCCUUUGCUGCUUACCUUGGAUCAAAAUGCUGAAAUGCCCCAGCCAUCUGUGCCAAAUGCUGGUCCAGUCAAUAAUUUUGACUUUGUGGACUCCUUUUCUGCCAUAACUUAUCCCGCAUCUGGUGCUCAACAACCUUCAGCAAACUCACAGUUUUUGCCUCAAGAACUGUCUGCUGUGCAUCAAGAAGCUGAUAUCUUGGCAGAUCUCCUCCCACCAUCGGGUCCUCCACCACUUACAGUAUCUUCGCACGGAGCUUUUUCAGCUCCCACGGGCCAACCUCAACCAAGUGCUGAUGUGCAAAGGAAUUUCCAACAACAGGCUGGUUCUGUGGCUCCAAUAGCUGCAAACAUGGGUCCUCAGGCUCCUUCAGGACUAACUAGCCAAUUUAAUGGUGGGGGUUUUGUUUCCCAUGGAGGACCUACAGCCGCUGCUGCUUCAUACAUGCCUCUACAUAUUCAAUCUGGACCUCCUGCACAGCAUGGAACACCUGGUUCUGCCGCCCCUGUUGCUCCACAAUAUGCUCAUCAGACCGCGAGUGGUACCCAGUAUACCAAUGGUAGCUUCCUUCCCCAACAGGUUUAUGCCACCUCAGCUGCUCCACAAACUGGUCAUUAUGCUCCUGGUGGACCACCUGCACAUUUUAACAAUGGAAACUUCUCUCUACAGCAGGUUUCUGGAGCCCCUUCUGCUUCACAAAUUGCUCAAGCUCCAGCUGGACCAACUGUACAUCAUAACAAUGAUGUUCUAGGUAACAUGUUCUCUCAAGGCGCAAACACUCCCAUGACUUCACAGCCUGCUAGUACAUCUUCUACUGGAUCUCUUGCAAUAGUUCCUCAGUCCAAAGACAAAUUUCAAACCAAGUCAGCGGUUUGGAACGAUACAUUGAGUAGGGGGCUGGUCAAUUUGAAUAUAUCUGGAUCUAAAAUCAAUCCAUUGGCAGAUAUUGGAGUUGAUUUUGAUGCAAUCAACCGUAAGGAGAAGAGGAUGGAGAAAACCAGUGCCACUCCUGUCAUUUCUACUGUUACCAUGGGUAAAGCUAUGGGAUCUGGUUCUGGAAUGGGCCGAGCAGGUGCUGGUGUCCUUAGGCCUCCGUCAAAUCCUAUGGUGAGUUCAGGCAUGGGAAUGGGCAUGGGCGGAGGUCCUGGUGUAGGUAUGGGCAUGGGUGGAGGUCCUGGUGGUGUUAUGGGCGUAGGGGGAGGUCCUGGUGCUGGAAUGGGCAUGGGUGGGGGUCCUGGUGCUGGUAUGGGCAUGGGAGGCUUUGGAGGCAUGCAUCGACCCAUGGGCAUGGGCAUGGGAAUGGGAAUGAAUAUGGGGCAAGGAGUCCAUAUGCAACAACAAACUAGUUUUCCUCCCGGUUCAGUCAUGCCUGGUGGUUAUAACCCUAUGAUGGGCACUGGUGGUUAUCCUCAACAACCAUAUGGCGGUGGCUACAAAUGAGAUUUAGCUACCUAGACUGUAGUAGGGCAGGAAAUGCGUGACAAGUUACCCGUACGAAAUAAAAAUAUCUGCCAUAGCGAACUUUGUUCUCAUUAAAUCCGUACAUGAUGCUUGAAGUUCCAUGUUUGGUUUUGAAAGCUGUAUUUUUUGUCGUAGCUUGUUAUCUUCUAGAAGUGGCCCAGUGACCUGAUGUACAUUGUUCUCUCUCACUUGACCCGUCAUUACUUUGGAAAAUUCUUUAGGCACGUUGAUGAUUUCAGCUGUUGUGAUGGAAGUGUGUGGGGAUUUUUUUUUUUUUUUUUUUUGAAACGGAGAGGGGGGCCAAACCCUGAUUAUCAGGUUAUACACAUCAUCUUUUACCACUUCAAUUAAUAGCUCGGGUCUACUUGUGAGGAAUUGUGGAUAACCUCUGAGAGGAUAUUUUUAUACUUUAUGUUUUUCCCUAUACAUAUGUAUAUUUUUUAUAGUGGUCUAUGAGUUGUACUAUGGUUGCUUAUUGAACAACAAAAGUCUUCUUAUUUUGCA